CGGCAAGCCGCCAGUCAGUCUCUCGACUCUCUUCCCAUCUCACCUCAACACUCGUGACCUUUACUCAUCACUUCCACACAACUCCCUCUCCCACACCACCACCAUGAACGGGCUACUCAACGGCGCAGACUGCGCUGCUCCAGCCAACCCGCUCAACAAUGUCCUCAAGCGCGAGGGUGUGGACAACUCUCUCUUUCGCGACCGCAUGGCCGGACCGUCGGCGGGCCCGAGCUCGCAGGCAUUCCGCUCAGCCGGCGCAGGCCCCUCGCAGGCGCAUCCUGGCCUAGCCUCGCGCCCAGCCCAGCCGUUCAACCUGUCCAACUUGGCGCAGGCGCUCGCCCAGCCCCCACAGCAGCAGGCACAGCCUGACUUCCGCGGCGUGUGGGACCGGCACCAGUCGGCGUCGCCCAGCCCCGGACCGCAGCAGUUUGCCCAGCCGCCCCAAGCGCAGAUGAACAACGGGUGGGCGACCGACUUCCACACGGGCAAGGGCAAGGGCCGCGCGGCGCCCCCUCCGAUGCAGCAGCAGCCCGUCUACGAGCCCCAGCAGUCGUAUGCGCCCAUGUACGGCGGCAUGGGCGGCGGUAUGGGCAUGGGCAUGUACCAGAGCCGACUGCAGCCCAUGUACGGGGCGCAGGCGCAGCAGGGGCCGGUCGCGGGCCCCGCGGCGCAGAUCCACCACGGCCCUGAGAUGGACGCGGCGUUCGAGGCUGCACUCGCCGACGCGCAGGCGCAGGCCGACGCCGCGCGCGAGGCCGAGAAGGAGCCUGAGCAGGAGGCCGUGCACCCUCCCCCGCAGGUUGAGGACGAGACGGACGGCAUCGAAGACUCGGACCAGUUCAAGGGCGACCUCGAUGCCGUGUGGGAGAGCCUCAAGCCCGAGGCUGAGCGCUUGAACAAGCUCGCCGAGUGGGAGAAGGAGUUCUCGCAGUUUGUCGACGGCGAGGACGACACGCUCGACAUUCUCAACGCCGAUCUCGCACGCAGCGACAUUGGCCACACUGGCCUUGACGAGCAGCUCGAGUUUGGCACCGGCCGCUGGCUGGACGGAGGCGAGGCCGAGAACGGACUCCCCGCGCCAGUCGACUACCACUUUACGCACCCGAACAAGUUUGAGACGACCCACCAGCCCGUGGCUGCUUGGCUCGAGGCGACGCGUACCCUCGCCAGCGGCGGCUCGCUUUCCGACGGUGCGCUCCUUCUUGAGACGUUCCUCGAGCGUGCCACCCAGGCCGACAUUGACCUCCUCGGCAUCUCGCGCGCCCAGGCGUGGGCCAUCCUCGGCCGUACCCAGGCCGAGAAUGAGAUGGAGGACAAGGCCCUCGCUGCGUUCGAGCAGGGCCGCAAGGAGAUCAACGACGACCCGGCGUCCAAGCGGGCCGCGGCCGAGCUCCUCACCAACCUCGCCAUCUCCUACGUCAACGAGUCGCUCGACCUCGCGGCGCUCACCACGCUGCACCAGCUGCUCACGACGUUGCACCCAACUCAUGCCGGCGCUGCGCCCUCGCGCGCCGAGUUUGUCGCUAGCGACAACCCAUGGGCUCUGCACCAGCGCAUGACUGACCAGUUCCUGGCACUUGCGCGCGAGCAGUACGCCAACGCUGGCCACGUCGACCCCGACGUGCAAGUCGGCCUCGGCACCCUCUACUACAUGAUGGGCGAGUUUGGCGAGGCGCGAUCGUGCUGGGUCGCGGCUCUUGGCGAGCGUCCAGACCAGGUGCGGAUACUCGAGUCCGAGCCUGCUGCACAUGGCAGGGGCCGACGCGUAUCUCCACCGCCACCACAAUCGCUGCUGCCCUCUUCCCUAGACGACGACCCCGGGCAUGCUUCCGCCGUUGCCGACACCCAAUUCCUGCAGGGGCUGAUAGUGCAGGACUACCUUCUCUGGAACCGCCUCGGCGCGACUCUGGCCAACGGCGGCGAGCCCGAGCAGGCCGUGGAUGCUUACCGCCGCGCUCUGGAGAUCAAGCCUACGUUUACGCGUGCGAUCGCCAACCUCGGUGUCGCGUGUCUCAACAUUGGCGUGCACCGCGAGGCCGCCGAGCAUUUCCUUGCUGCCCUCGCCAUGCAGCCCACCGACCCCAUGGGCGUCGCCGCGCCCGAGGCGUACAGCCUGUGGUCUACGCUGCGCCGCGCACUCAUCGCGCUCGACAUGCCCGAGCUCGCCGAGCAGGCGCGCCCGGGCACCGACCUCAACGUGUUCCGCCAGGCUGGCUUCGAGUUCUAAGCGGCGCGGGUGUAAUCAAAACACGGCGGCUAGAGCGUUCAUGACAACAAAGACAAAGCUUGUACACCUUUUUUCAAUUGAGCAUCGUAGAAGAUUUAGCAGUGUACGAGGGAUAUGCAUGUGUAGGGUGUG